ACUCCGAAAUCCGACCACAAUACACACAAUCCUCUCUCUUAUUACUCGUGCUUACUCAUAGCAUAAUAAAAAACAGAGAGUUCUUCUCAGCGCAUUACAUCGCAGCAGCAAACAGCGAUGCCAGAGCACGUUAUUAGCAGUUACAAUGCGCUGUGAAUGUUGGUGCGUUUAUAAGUUUGUGUAAUAAAAGCAGGCAAAACUUCAUCACAUUCGUUCACUAGAGUCACAUCAUUCCACUUCACAAUAACAACACAUCGCCGAGUUCCGUACCAUCCAUAAGGUCUGUUUGGUGGAAAAAAACACCCCUUUUACCAUACCAGCAAGUAGCGAGGGGAGAUAACUUGGACACCGUAGAGUAACUGAGUAACCCCACGCUACAUCCUCGUGUAGAGCGUUGAGGAUUGGUCGUACAAAAUAAUACAUCUCUCUCUCUCUCUUAAAGCAACCCAACCAUUCUACUACGCUCGGCAUAAAUAAGUCGAAUCCAACGUCAACGUGUACCACGAACUAGAAGACGAACCAAACACACUCGUCCUCAGUUAAGUGUGAAACGAGAGAAGAAAACAUUGAGCUCUUGGCUUCUUCUGAAGAAGUGGAUGAGAGUGAGAGGCGAAAAUUAUUUCAAUUUUUCGAAACACUAUCUCGUCGUCGCCAUCGUCGUCGUUGUCGUCAAAUCCGGAAGAAAUACGUGACGAGAAAGAAUACCGACGGAGGAAGAGGGAGAAAGGAAUUGAUUGGCGAAAAAGAAUGGAAAUUUAGCAGACAGCGAGGGGGCCUAGUCCAUGGUUUAGACCAAAGUGAAAAGCCGUGAGAAGUGAGUGAGGCGAGUUAGAUUCUUUCACUCGUCGGGUCGUGUGAGUGAGUGAGAUUGGUUGUUGACCUCUCUCACAAUUUUCACCACCUCCAUUUAUUUGACCUCGUGUUUCUCACCUCCACGAGGUGAGCUAGCACACCGACCCAGCAGGGAGGAGGAGGAAGGAACACGUCAUCUCUCUCAGUCUCGACACCAUUUCCGUCCAACAAGAUAACUGGAUUUUCCGCACACAGGGUCGAAGAUACGCUCUCUCCCCACGCGGAGGAAAGUCCACGAGUGAAAAGCUGCUGCUUUCUUUCUCCCAUACUCCUGCCUGCCUUCGUUCAUCGUCAGGAGGACGACCGUACAGUCUCAAUCGCAAGUUAGGAGGAGAGAAGGGAAAGCUGCAUACAAUAGGCUUCUUCUUCUGAUUUCACUAAUGGCACUUUUCCCCCGACGAUUAAUCACUAUCAUGCAGUCUGAGACGAGGAGUAGGAGCCAGAGCUAGAACUUGUGACAAGCCCCACCCACCAAGAUACCGAUUCCCCACAAUCAUGGCCCCCACAUGGAUUCGUAGCGUUUGAAGAAAAGGGGAGCGGUGUGGUGGUGAGGUUCGUUCGAGGUGAAGAAGAAGACGACAAGAAACAAAAGUGACCUCUGACCUUCCCCUCCAACCGCAAGAUAAGAACGAAGCGAUCAUCAUUCAUCCGCCAUCCCAAGUUCUCUACAUAAAACUCAAACCUGCGUGGACCGUAAAAAGUCCAGAGGGGAAAAAAUUGAAUUCUUGAGGGAAAAGAAGUCGUCGUCGUCGUCGUCGUCGUGGUCAUCGUCAUCGACGGUGCGGUGGGUGUGGUGGUAGAUCUCACUCUCUUCCGGUAUACCAUUAUCAUCAGUACCAUCACCACCACCGGGGUCGGACUGGAUUGGAUUAUGAUGGGAUUAGAAACCCUCCUCGAAGCUGCCAAGUUUCUGGAGUAUAAGGCUGAGGUGGAAGCACGUGGAGAAAAAGGAUUCCCAGCCUUACCUAGCAAUAGUUCUUCAGCCCUGCUCCUGUCCUCCUCCUCUUCAUCUUCGAAUACCAAUGGUUACACGACCAACAAUCACCACAACAACCACCACCACCACCAUCACCAGAACAAUGUGAUCCACCAGAAUGGGGGUGGUCACUAUGCGGCGUCAUCUCCGUCUUCCUCCUCGUCCUCCUCCCUCCCCUACCACAACUCCAAGAUCAUCUCCAGCAACGCGUCAAGCAUCCCGCGAGCAGUACCUGAAUCAGCGAAUGGUUACAAAUUAUCGGACCAUUCCUACCGGCGCGGCCAACUCAAUACGUCUCCGAUUUACGAGUUUAAUGGAGGGACCAACAGAGCUUCGAAAGGAAACAAUUCAAGCAGCAGUAGUAGCAGUAGCAGUAUCAUCUCGAACAGUAGGAAUUCUGGGACGCGAGAAGUGCACAAUAAACUGGAGAAGAACCGCCGCGCCCAUUUGAAAGAAUGCUUUGAAAUGUUGAAGGGUCAACUCCCCUCUUUCGAGGAUAGGAAGAUCUCCAACCUAGCAAUACUGCGCAGUUCUCUGAGAUACAUACAGACUCUCAAGAGGAAGGAGCGAGAAUUUGAGCAUGAAAUGGAGCGUCUCGCCAGGGAUAAAAUCGCCCUCCAACAGCGCCUCUCCACCCUCAAGAAGGACAUGUUGGGCAAGUGGGAUCAUCUCGAUUGGCGGGCCAUUGUACCGGAAGACUUGGAGUUGGAGUUGGACCAACCCGACGGCGCAGUCGAUUAUGCGAGGAAGCAGCAGCAAGAACAACUCGUAACCAGGAAGAUGAGCAGCAGUCCGGACGACGACGGGAACCAAGCCAUCGAAUCUGAUCCAGAAGAAGAAGAGUCGGAUGAUUCUCACAAUUAUCCGAUUUCUUUGUCGAUGAGCAAUGGACAUCAUAAUGGUGACCGAAUGAUGUCGGAGAAGAAACACUACGGACAAAUUAAUGGCAUUAAUGGAAUGUCUGGCCCUGGUCCUAUCAGUUUGGUCACGGCGACAAAACUUAGCUCUUCUCCAUUGGCGGCUAUUACCGUUGAGAAAACUGCUAACUCUCCAGUCGGAGGCGCCAGCUUUGUGAACUGCAUCACAAGUUCUCCCACAGCAAAAGGAUUCUCAGUCCUCUCCAAUUCAACAAUGGCUAUAAACUCUCGCAUGGAUAUGGGUCAGUAUUACGACGAAGAAAAAAUGUGUAAAUGACAUGUCUAGUCUACUACAUAAGGGUAUAUUUACAAGCAUACAAAUUUCCUUUGAGAAAAAAUCAUCAUCAAACCUAAAAGUAAACAAAAUUCAGAUCAAGCAAGAAAACAAACAAAAUUAUCACUCCGUAAAAUUAAAGAAGACUCAUCUAUACUCCUCCACAUACCAGCACAACUAUAUGGAUUCGAUGAUGAUACAGAAAAAAACAAAAAUGUUGUGCAACCUUUUCUCUAAUAUUCCACACACACACACAGCCCGACACGAGUCGUCCUCCCUUGUACUAAUUAUUGUUUUAAUUUAUAUAAGGCGUCUUCUAAAUCUCAUUGGGGGAGGGAUGCAGGGAUACAGCAUGCGUAUCCAUCCAGAUCCACAUUUAUACCUAGAUAAAUUUUAUUAACUAGUUUGUAACUGGUAACGGUAACUCUAUACAUAGAUGUAACUAUGUAUCUCUAUAUAUAUAUUAUUAGGUACGUAACUAUUUAGUGCGUGUAGUAAGUUAAGUACAGUUACGCUAUAGGUUUAAGAAAGAGUCAAAUUUCCAUUAUUAUCAUCAAGAAAUAACGAUUCUUGGCAUGUGCAUGUUGUACUGUAGAUUUUAUUCUAUCCAAUUAUCAUGAUCACUAUUAAAUAUUUACAGAAACAGGAGGAAGGAAAUGUGGUCAAGUUUGACAUUAGCUAUUUAUUUUCUUGAGUGGUGGUGUCAUUUGAGUGAAUACUAAUAUAUAAGAUCGGAAAGAAGUGUGUUGACUAUGCGUACGUAAAUUUCUCUGGUGGAGGAAGGAGUGACAAGUUGUCAGUGUUAUUUAUUAUUAAUAUUAUUAUUAUUAUCGUCAUUGUUAUACAACAACUACUAAAAGCAAUGCAAAAUUAGUACAGAAGGUGGAACAGGGACGAGUAUAAUGCAGAAGAGGAGAGAGUACAUAAAUGAUGGAAAUCUAAAAAAAAUGUACAUGGAAAUCUAACGAUGUGCCGAUUUUAGCCAGGUUUUAACUCGGCAGAAAACUUUUUUAAAAGAAAUGGAAACAUGACGGAAAUGGUGUACAGAAAAAGGGAAAUGUUGUACCAUAACUCCCGUCGGGCGAGGUUCCGAAUUCUUCUACGGAAAGGAUGUCAAUUUUGAACCCGUUUUCCCAGAAUUUUAACAGUUUUUAAGCAGCACAUCUAUUUUAACAAGAUCGAAGGAGGAUCGCAUAGGAUGAUGUAGUAAAUCCUUGAAAGAAAGCACCUCAUUUUGGUGUAGAGUUGUGGAUUGGGAUAGUUAAAUAAGCACUGUACGUGUCCAUAAUAAUUUGCAUAAUAAUACUGCUACUCUUUUUGUCCUCCUCGCCUAAUGGAAAUAUGUAUUUCAUCUUGUAUACGAGAGCAGAAUCCUAAAAGAAAGCACUAACAAUAUCAGGAGUGUAGCACACACUUAUCUUACGCAUAAUAACGAGGUUGACAAUUUUGUGUCUCUUUACGCCUUGCAUUGUUUGAUGAGGCGAUUAAGAAUGGUAAUUAAGGAUUGUCUGUAAAAUUAAGUGCUGUUGUAUAAUGCCAAGAAUUUAUAGUUUUAAUAUUCUCCAGCCGUUUCUGUUCUAGUAAUCAGCACGAUGGGCUGUCUUAUCCAUGCUUAUCUUGUUUUUUGGGAGAAACAAAAAAUGCGAGAUUUCUCCGCUUAAUAGAUUUUUCCCCUGUUUUACUCUGUUGUGUGGAUUCUUCCAAAUUACGAAACCCAGACCUUUUACUACUGCGCGAGGAUGUGUAGCCUUAUACAAAUAAAUAUUUACGAGUCCUUUGUGAGUGGAAUGUAUAGAUAAAGUGGUGUUGUUAUCGGGGUGUGGGUGUAGGUCAUCCAAAAAAAAUUCCUAAAAUGAUACUCAGAAAGAAUCAUUUGUAUAAAAACAUGGAGAGAAAGUUUGCCAAUUUUUUUUUGAGCUGGGUUUGAGGUGACGCGAGUGAGUUACAUGGGAAAAGGCAAGAAUAUAAGGACUGAUACAUACUUGUACUGUAAUGGAUGGCACUACUAAACUAUUAAACUCCGCGUAAUUAACUGCAUUCGCUCCUCCUCCAUCAAUUAGACGAGGUUAAUAAAUUAUACUACAAAUUUAUUUAUGUCACUUUUUGGAAAACUUAAAUUUGUAAGGGAAACAGGAGUGGGGCAGAUAAGUCGGAGAAUGUAUAUAGAUAAGGAGAAGCCAAGAAAGUCUCAAUAUUCCCAUCAGGCAGAGAAAAUAAAUAAAUAAUCAGAUUCCUCUUGAUUAUUUGUAAUUAAUUAAAAACUACAUGAUAAUACAAUGAAGAUUGACUGAAAUGACUGACUGCUUGAUUAUUUAAGUCUAGGUAAAACUAGGGAUUAAUUAAUUAAUUAAUUAAUUAGAGGGCGAGGUGACGUGACUGAUAAGAUAAUAUCAACCGGGCAGAUAAGCACUAAGAUACUAAACAAAUCUUUUAAAUAGAUCAAAUUUAAGCAGAAAAAACUUGGUAUUAACACAAAAAUUUAGCUAAGUAGUUAGUUAUCAUCUUCUAACUAUCAGAGGAAGAUUUUGCCUACUAGGAUUUAAAGAACACGUUAGAAAAAUUAAAAUUGCUGCUGCUCAUCAUCAAAUUUAAUUAUUCUAAGUUAUCUUAUUUUGGCACAAUUAGAAAAGAAAUGUUGUUUGACUUGUUUGCUAUUACUACAUAUUUAGAAAGGAGGAAGGAAAAAUUUGAGAAAAAUCUGUGAUUUUAAGUCUCUGUUGCUUUAUCGUUGUUUAAAAUGUGUAUGAAAUAUUUUGUGUUAUAUAAAAAAACGAUGGGUUCUCCUUUUUUGUGCCCGUUAAAUAAUUAUUAUUCUCCAUUUGCAUAAUUUAUGGCAUAAUAUUUGUGACUGGAAUAAUAAUAGUAAUAAUUUAUUUAAAAAUCAACCGUAUUUCUUGAGGCAGGGGGAGUCUGUGGUCUCCUUAAGUUUUAAGUGGAAAUUAAUUAUUUUGGUCAAAAGGAUGGAUAAACAGAGAGAGACAAGUAGAUAAGUAGCUUACCCUCUCUCCUCCUCAUGAUAACUAACUAAAUGUAACUAAGGUCAUGUACAUACAUAUGUAGAUCAUGAAAUGAACAAGGAAAAAGGGAAGAAAAAUACAAACAAAAUGCAGAAAAGCAAAACAGAAAACAAACCAAAUACUGAAUAAUUACUAAAAUAAAUAGGUAAACUAGGUAAAAAAAAUAGUUAAUCAACUCGUAAAGCACACCUCGUAAGAAGGACACGACUUCAUAAUUGAUACAAGUAUUUAAAGAAAUGAUGAUGUACAAUAUUAAAUGCUGAUGAUGAUAAAUACUUGGCGAUGGAUACGUAUCGUAUCGUGCCCACGUGUCAUGAUAAGGUUUGUUAUUUAAUACCUGUUAAACUUUAAUUAACCAAACCGGAUCAAGACAACUGAGCCAAGCGGUACAUACUUAUCCAUCAUCGAAAUUGAAAUUCAUACACCAUUACCCACCUCUAAAAAAUAGUGGAGUUUAUAUAAAAUAGACUAGUUAAUUAACUGUAAUUAAGCGUGGUGACGAUGAUAUACACUAAUUUACGUUUAAUGAUUAUUUAGAACGUGUUAAUUAACUUUACCAGCACCACCACCACGCCACCACCAACACCAUUUUAUCAAACAUACUUAAAACGAUACGAUGGAGCUGUGAAAACUCUUCUGUAAAAUUGUCUCAGUCGUUUUUCUUAACACAAAUCGAUGAAUGAUACAGUCGAGUUGAGAGGUCAAUUAAUUAAUGUCAUGGUCACGACGUGAAGAUAAUUUCCUCAUUAUUAUCUACAUUAUCUAUUACUAAUUAUUUAAAUAAUUAAAUAAUUGUCUCGUUGUUCUUGCAACGAGAGAAGGGACAAGUUGAUAAAACCAAUGUCUAAAUAAAAGAGAGAAAGACAAAAAGGAUUUAAAAUCAUGAUGAGUUUGGUUGGUUAUCGAUAUUUUCGAUAAAAGCGAUAUGGUUUAUCUGCUACUGAUGUAACCCUACUCAUUACCUAAUCCAUCUACCCUUUCUUCUCACAAAUUCGAUUUAUCAACCCCUCAAAAAAAGAAGGAUGAUGAUAAGAAAACCAGAAUUUCAUAAAAUUUCAAACUAAAAAUAUGAAAACUAACCAUAUUACUAGUUAGUUAAUUAACUAAUUAAUUAAAUCAACUACUACUGCGAGGACUUCGGAUACAUAACAAAUAUAAAAUAUACAUCUUGCUACAAGUUUACAUGCCAGUUCAAACAAAAAAGGAAACCUAUAGAAAAUGGAUUUCCAAAAUGAAGAUAUUGUACGAUAAGUAAUUAAGAUAAGUAAGUAAAGUAAAAUACUGUACUGUGUAACAUUAGUGAGAUCAACAAGUAUAAGAUAAGCCAGCCAGACACGGAGAGGAGAAGAAGCAAAAAUGAUGACGAGGCGAAGAAAAAAUAAUAAAAAGAAAAAACAGACAAAGUAAAA